CGUACAAUGUGCGUGAAAGUAUUUUUGAUCCUCGGCUUGGUGGCCACUGUCCUCGGACACAACGAAGUUCUUACCAAUAAUGGAGAUGGUUCUAUCGGUGGUGCAGUGAAUAUUCCAGUUAUAGAGAAUGAUAAUCAUGCAAUCCAUGGAGUGGGAGCUCUUAACUUUGAUAAGGAUCAGAUUAGGAAGGAUUACGAACUAGGAUCUGCGACCGCUGGAGUUGCAUAUUCUAAUGCAUUUGGCCACGGCGUUAGUUUAACUGAAACGCAUGUGCCCGGCUUUGGCGACAAGCUGACGGCGGCCGGCAAACUGAACGUGUUCCACAACGAUAACCACAACGUGGACGUGAAUGCGUUCGCCACCAGGACCAUGCCGGAUAUUCCGCGCGUUCCCGACUUCAACACCGUCGGCGGCGGCGUCGACUACACUUUUAAGGAUAAAGUGGGAGCGUCAGCAAGCAUGGCCCACUCCGAUUUCAUCGACCGCAACGACUACUCCGUGGCCGGCAGGGUGAACCUGAUGAGCUCGCCGAGAUCCUCGCUCGACUUCAGCGCCGGCUACGAGAAGUUCACCACACCCUUCGUCAACUCCGGUUGGAAGCCCAAGUUCAGCUUUUCGUAUAAUGUUCGCUUUUAAAUAUUGGUUAAAUGUAUUUCUUGGUUUAAGAGUGUAAAAUGAAUUUUGUAAUGAAUAUAAAUGGGAAAGCACAUCACCAAAAAUGUUUGUUAUAGGUAUUCGUAAGAAGUAUUAUAUUCCGUGAUAUUGUAUGCUAGUAAUAAAGAUACUAAAUAAAAUUAGUUUUCUAAAAUUUCAAACCCCG